AGGACAGCUGCGAUCGAAGUAAGAGCAGCAAGUUGUCCGUGAGUGUAGACAAGUGUAGCAUAAAAACACAGUGAGAUCGGUAUCACGGAGUACGCUUUCACCUUUGUCUGCGGGAAGGAAAAAUGUUUUGAACGGGUUUACAAGUCGAACAUAUUGGAAAAAAAUAGAAGCAGCACUGUUAAAGAAUAAAAAAUAAAAAAAUAAAAAAAAAGAACAAAAAAAAACGAAAAGAGAAACUUGAAAUUAUCCUGAGAAAUUUUAGAAAAAUGGAGUAAAAGAAAGACUGGAUAUGAAAUUAAAUAACUUAGGUGAUAAUAAACAGAAGCAAUUUUCCAGUGUGUUAAAUGAAGCGAAAGAUAUUCUUCGACGCAGCUUCAAUUGUCUAGAGACGAAGUUGCCUGCCUACGCGAGGUGAAAAUGCGACGUCCGUCGAAAGGCAGUAAAACCGUGUCGAUAAAGAACUUUCAUAGGCAGGCUAGCUUAACGUUGGAAGUCUUGGAAAUUCUCUCUCUAGUGACAACGGAAGAUAAAGAAAGAAAGAACAACUCUGGUAGCUGCGAAAUUUUUAACAACGAGGACUUCAAAAGUACGAAGGCGGGAGGAUCGAAAAAUCUAACGGAAAACGGAACGGUGGUCAAUGCGGUGGAUGGAAGAGAGAUGGAUCCGUCAAUGUUCGUCACUUACACCCCUCAAACAAAUGGAGUCCCACAGGAGUCCAAACUUGCAACCUACAUGAACUGCCAAAGCUCUGGAGUUGCCCUAAACACAGCUGUAGUGACAAAACAUCUCUCCGGCCUUUCGCUGGAUGCACAAAAAAAAACUACUACCAGUCCGGAAUUUGUGCCGGGACGAGGAAUUGCAGGUAGCAAUAGUAGCUCGCCAAAUAUAUUCAACAGCUCCUAUCAUUCCCAGGAGAAUGUCGGAGGAACAACUUAUUUCUACCUCGGGACGUCGACAACGGAAAAUGUGUCAAGCGAAGAAGGAGUCGAAGCUAUUGGAACCGCUGGCGCAAGUCAGAUAGGAUACGUUUAUCCAGGGACCCCCUCUCACCUGCAGACUGCCAAAGCAGCAAAAUCUCCCGCAUCGAGUAGUCCCUCGGCUCCUUCGACGCCCCCUCCACAGGCCGUUCCGAGUUUUUUUGUCAGCGAAGGCCUGCGACUGGACAUUCUCCAAAAAAAUGCACUAACGUUAGCUCAGCCAGACCCGGUGCAGUUUCCAGAUUUGCCAAACGAAGUAGAUAACUACCAUGAAUUAUGCCCUCUCGAACCCAUCCAUAAAUCCACAUCGACUGUCCUCGGCUAUCAAACCUCCACGUACAAAGCGACCAGUUUGAAAACCGGGACUCGCUAUUGCCUGCGCCGAGUACACGACUUUAGACUUGCCAAUACAAAAUGUAUGGUCUUGGUCGAUAUGUGGAAGCGGUUGACGCACACUAAUUUGGUCCAACUGCGAGAAGUCUUCACCACCAAGACCUUUGGUGAUCAUUCCAUGGUAUUCGUCUACGACUACCACCCUGGGUCCGAGACGCUCUUGAACAAACACUUCUCUGCUACCGAGCUCAACGGUUACUCAGAUCCGUUUUCGUCCGACCCCAAUGCUCCCCGUCCUUACAGCCACACAAAGAACACCAUAUUGAGACAACAGCACAGCAGUAUGCUACCAGAAAGCGUUAUUUGGAACUACAUUAUACAGCUGACAGCUGCUCUCCGGGUUAUUCACGCAGCUGGUAUUGCGUGUAGAUCUCUGGACCCUACAAAGAUAAUUCUCUCGUCACGAAGUCGGCUGCGUCUUAGCUGCGUCGCGAUUCCCGACGUCGUGACGUUUGACGGUACAGCUGCGAAUCCGUUGGCACUAAUGCCGCAUUAUCAGCAAGAAGACUUGCUCGCAUUAGGAAAACUUGUGCUAGCUUUGGCUUGCCGUAGUCUCCUAGCGGUGCAUCGUGACAACAUGCAGGCCUCCCUGGAACUGGUCGCUCGCACCUACUCGUCUGAUCUCAGAAACCUUAUAUUGUACCUGCUAUCUUCUCAGCAGCGGAGAAGCGUCACUGAUUUAAUGCCAAUGAUUGGAGCUCGGUUUUAUACUCAACUCGACGCCGUCCAUCUUCGUUCAGACGUUCUGGAAGAUGAACUUGCCAAAGAGCUAGAAAACGGCAGAUUGUUCAGACUACUCGCAAAACUGGCGACCAUCAACGAACGGCCAGAGCUGAACAUGGAGCCGACGUGGGCUGAAACCGGCGACCGUUACAUGCUGAAACUGUUCAGAGACUACGUGUUCCAUCAAGUAGCGGCGGAUGGAAGACCGUGGUUGGACAUGGCCCACGUUGUAUCUUGUCUGAACAAACUCGACUCUGGAUCUCACGACAAGAUUUGCCUGAUGUCGCGGGAUGAGCAAAGCGUAUUGGUCGUUAGUUACGCCGAGUUGCGACAGUGUUUGGAAAUGUCAUAUGCCGAGGUUGUGCAUUCUGCGAAGCUGGACGCCGCCUAGGCAAUAAAAAAAGCAUUGAGUCCAACAGCGGCACAACAGCAUAUACUCCGAACCAUCAUUGUGAUAUCAACAGUUAGCGCUACUACAAUUUCUACAUUACUCAGGAUCGAGGAUGAUCCAGAGUUGUGGACAUGGAUUUGGAAGUUCCGGACAAGUCGAAGCGGAUGGUGACGCGUGGAGUGAGCUUUUUGAUGUGUUUUUGAGAUUAAAAACGAAAUAAGAAAAUAACAAUAUAAGGAAAGGGAUGAAGGAAUAAAAGGAAGGGGAGACGACGAAGAAUAACGGCCCAAAGGAACGCAUCGAUUGAUGAUGCGUUAAUUUGAAUAUAAAAUAGGUACAGAAGAAAAUCAUUAAAUGAUGUAAAAAUCGAAAUAAUAGUACAUAUUUCAACAUUCAAUGAAAUCCGCUAUGUCGCUACAUAUACGUAUGUACACACAAACACACAGAACUUAAUCAUGCGCUAAAAUCUUAAAAUGAUACUACUACAACCUAAUACACGGAGACUCAACACAGCCUGUGUAUAGGAUAGAGAUCAUAGGUUUUAGGAUACAGCUGGUAAGCAUUAAUUUUGAAAUAAAUGUUUAUUUUUGAAAGCAAUCUUAAA